AUGACUUGGCACAAUGACCAUGCAAAUGAGGAUGGGGUGAUGCGUCAUUGUUCAGAUGCUCCUGCUUCGAAGCAUUUCAAUCAAACUCAUCCAACCUUUGCAAUGGAGGCCCGAAAUGUCAGACUCGGCCUUUGGACUGAUGGAUUUCAACCAUUUGGUCAAUCUGGGCAACAGUAUUCUUCAUGGCCAGUAAUAUUAACUCCAUACAAUUUGCCACCAGGUAUGUGUAUGAAAGAUGAGUACAUGUUCCUGACAAUUACCAUACCUGGUCCCAAGAAUCCAAAAGAGAAGCUUGAUGUCUACAUGCAACCAUUAGUGAAGGAAAUGAAAGAACUUUGGGAAAUUGGUGUGAAUACUUACGAUGCUUUCCAGCAGAACAAUUUUAUUAUGCGUGCUGCUUUAAUUUGGACUAUUAGUGACUUCCUUGCUUAUUCAAUACUCUCAGGUCAUCGAAAGUUUUUGCCUGACGACCACCCUUUCUGUCGAAACAAGAUAUCUUUUAUUAAAAACCGAACUGUCUCCAAGUCACCGCCACCAAUUAGAACUGGAGAAUACUUGCUAAAAGAAAUUGAGCAAAUUGGGUUGAUGCGGAUAAUAGACAUUGACAGUCAUGAAAUAAAUGGUCGGCUUUCAAAGACAACUGGUUGGCGUAAGCGGUGCAUAUUAUGGGAUUUGCCAUAUUGGUCAUCAAAUAUGAUUCGCCACAAUCUUAAUGUAAUGCACAUUGAAAAGAAUGUAUUUGAAAAUAUUUUUAAUACAGUGAUGAAUAUGGAGGGGAAGACGAAAGACAAUAUAAAAUCACGGGAAGAUUUAAAUGAAAUAUGCAGGAGACCAGAAUUAAAGAAAGAUCCAAUUAGCGAAAAAUAUCCAAAAGCAAGUUAUUGUUUGGACAAGCAAUCAAAGAUGAUACUGUGUGAUUGGCUUAAAACACUGAAAUUCCCUGACGGAUAUGUUUCCAAUCUAGGGAGAUAUGUUGAUAGUCGGAAGCUUAGACUUUUUAGUAUGAAAAGCCACGAUUGUCAUGUUUUCAUGCAACAAAUUCUUUCUAUAGCUCUCAGAGAAUUGUUACCGAAUAAUGUUUGGCAACCAAUAACAGAGCUUAGCAAUUUCUUUAGAGAACUUACUUUAACUACACUUACUAAUUGGGACAUGCAACGGUUAAAUGAACAAAUUCCUAUGAUCCUUUGUAAGGUUGAACGAGUAUUUCCUCCAAGUCUGUUUGAUUCAAUGGAACAUUUACUAGUACACCUUGUAUAUGAGACAUUAAUUGCAGGACCAGUACAAUAUCGGUGGAUGUACCCAUUUGAGAGAUACCUGAGAAAGUUAAAGAACAAUGUCAAAAAUAAAGCAAGGGUCGAAGUUUCAAUAUGCAAUGCUUACUUGGUAGAAGAAGCAGGUAGAACACUCGGAAAGGGAAAAUCAGGAUAUAUGACUGAAGAUGAAAUCCAAGCUGCUCAAACAUAUAUUCUCUUAAAUUAUCCAGAGGUGAAAACAUAUAUUGACAUUUAUGUAGAGCGAGUAAAGUCGGCACAACCAAAUAUCACAAAUGCAGCUAUUGAUGAAAAACUGGAGAGAGAGUUUGGCCAAUGGUUUUACAAGUAUGCCCAUGAAUUGCAGAACAAUGUAGAAAAUCAGCUUAUACAAGAUCUGUCUAAUGGACCACUCAGAAGUGUCACCAAUUUUGAUGGGUAUUGUGUCAAUGGAUGUAAAUUCAACACAAUCAAUGGAAAUUCAAGCACCAAGGUGCAUAGACAGUAUAGAAUAGUCGAUAUUAACAAUAAGCGAAGAUACACUAAGUACGAGCUAUUUGUAUUAGUCUCUCAGGCAACACAAGUCGUUUAUGCUUCAUACCUGAGCAAGCGUCGUGACAAAAAUAAUUGGUGGGCUGUGAUGAAAGUUAAAAGUAGACCUGUUGUUGAUGUAAUACCCGGCUAG